AUGGUGUUGACCGCCGACAUCCAUUUACCAGAAGAGUCCGAAUUGACCGUGGAAGAAAUCAAUCUGUCCACUGCUACUUUGCGAGCUGGGUCCUUUCAUCUAGGAAAAUAUUGCGAGCAAGCUAAUAAUGAGUUCAUGUUGUGUCGUUUCGAGGAAAACGAUCCUCGAAAGUGUAUCAACGAGGGUAAAGCAGUCACAGCCUGCUCUUUGGAGUUCUUCAGGAAAGUAAAGAAAGCCUGCCUCGCUGAAUUCAACCAAUACACUAAUUGCAUCGAUAAAAUAAAACCUCUGUAUACAUUUUCAAUAAUAAUUAAUAUUGUUUUCAGCUGUCGUAAAACUCAAGGUGUGUUUGAUAAGUGUAUGCUGGAGAACUUGAACCUUGAACGUCCACCCUUCGGUUACUUCUGUGAGGCGCGAGUUCAUGAAACUAAGAGACCGAAACCACCAGUUGAAGAAAAGGCUGUAUACCCAGAUGCUACACCAGGCUUGCCCGAGAAUGCUGAGAAGCAUCCUGCAAGAUUUGGCUCAAGAUUCUACUGGAUGACCGAAUAA